AUGGCUGCAGCACCAGUCGACUUUCUUGGUGCUGCUCGGCACUCUCGCUCUCCUAGUCCCACUGAUGAAGAUCUGUUCGACGAAGCCAUCGCAGGUCUGGCAGACUUCGAUAUGGAUGGUGAACAGGCCAAAACCCCUAUGGACAACAAUGAAAAGGGUAGUAGGUCCCACACGACCAAGUUCGAAGGAGUACUAGGCAAGCGUCCUCGUGGAACAUCUGACAGUGACCACAAUGCCAAUGGGUGA